AUCGUGAAGCUUUCCCGGUUCCUCAGCGUAUCAGAAAUCGAUAACAUUAGAAGCUACUCUUCAAUGCUGUAUCAUAUGCUGCAAACCAGGAAGACUGCUGUAGCAGUUGACUUGAACUCCAUUAUAGAAUAUGCUGAUCUGCUGUACACUGAUGGCGAGGGAUGGGAACUCUUCGAUGCGAUUAUAGAGUAUGAACAAUAUCCUAAUGGUACAAGAAACGUAAAACAGCUUUGUGAAUUUAUAUUCGACUGUUUUAUGAGGCCGUACAGAAGACUCAGCCAUUUAGAGCGCGGUCAAACGCUAUUCAACUCUAUCAAUACUGCCUUAAAGAAUAAAUUCCCUUUAAGAAGACUUAAUGGAAUACUUUUUAGAAUUGAACCACAAACAACAACAAAUGGAAUAAAAUCGAAAUAUCUCCAACAAGGAUACAAACGCAGCAGACGGAACAGGAAAAGAACGAAUGAGAAGAAAGAAGUAGCUGAUGAUGUCAUAAAUCAUUUCUCUUCUCGACUCAAUAACAAAAAGUUUGCAAAAACUACAAAAAAGUACACAAUAGAAGUGAAAACUCCGGUCAUCAACAACUAUUAUAUUUUAACAGCAACUAAAACUAAUAAUAAAGCUGGUAUCCGUAAGGGAGACACACGACCUGGUAAAGGUCUGCGACAGUCACUGUAUGCAGGCCGCUUCCAACCUGGCAAUGUGUAG